AUGCAGAAGUGUGGGCUCCGGGAGGUCCUAGCCUUUGGUGCUUUUCUUCUCUGCUCAGGGCUGUGUCUGGGGCAGGUCGUGCAAGCUCAGCAUGGCCCGCUGCCCAAGCCCUCCCUCCAGGCCCUGCCUAGCUCCCUAGCGCCCCUGAAGACGCAGGUGACCAUCCGCUGCCAGGGACCUCCGGGGGUGGACUUGUACCGCCUGGAGAAGCUGAAGUCCGUGAAUUACCAGGAUCAGCCCAUCCUCUUCAUCCCGGCCAUGGAGGAACGUUUCGCCGGAUGCUACCGCUGUUCCUAUCAGAAUGGAAGCCGCUGGUCUCCCCCCAGCGACCGGCUGGAGCUGGUUGCUACAGGAGUUUAUGCCAACAAGCCCUCGCUCUCAGCCCAGCCCAGCCCAGCUGUGUCCCCAGGAGGGAAAGUCACUCUCCAGUGUCGGAGCCAAUACAGUUUUGACCAAUUUGCUCUGUACAAGGAAGGGGAUGCUGGGCCCCAGAAGGGAUCUGAGAAGCAGUACUGGGCUGAUUUCCCCAUCACCGCAGUGACUGUUGCCCACAGUGGGACCUACCGAUGCUACAGCUUUUCCAGCAAGUUGCCGUACCUGUGGUCGGCCCCCAGCGACCCCCUGCAGCUUGUGGUCACAGGGACCUCUGUGACCCCCGGCUGGUUAUCCGCAGAACCACCAUCCUCUGUGACAGAAUUCCCAGAAGCCUCCAGGAAACUGAGCAUCUCACUCAUCAACAAGAGCUCUACAAUUGAGCCUUCUAGGUCUAUCACCAUCUCUCCAAAGGGGCCAGAGUCUCCAACUGGUCUUGCCCAGCCACACUACACCAAGAGCAAUCUGGUCCGGAUAUGUAUUGGGGCUGUGAUUCUAAUACUCCUGGUGGGGCUUCUGGCAGAAGAUUGGCACAGCAGAAAGAAAUCCCUGCCACACCGGGUCAGACCUAUCCGCAGGCCACUCCCACCCCUCCCGCAGACCCAGAAACCACACAGUCCGCAGGAUGGGGGUCGACCAGAUGGCCACAACCAUGGGCACCACCAUUAGAACUCCAAAGCUUGGUUCUAUCUACGAGACAUGGGACAUAAAACCAUGUGUGGAGUGUAUGGAAUGUAGGAGCAGGAGGAUAGUGGUUAUAACUGUGGAGGAGGAGGACCUUGGGGCCUCUCCUUGGUGUCCCAUCAAGGAGCUGUUGAGCCAGUGUCUAUUUGGCUUUCCAUCCAAGGACUCCCUUCAUUUGGGACUGGAGGUAUCUAGUGGAUGCCAGUAUCUUUUCACUCAUAUCUUGCCCCUUGUGGGUCUUAUGGCACCCUAACUGGACCAUCACACUGACCUCUUCAACCUUUCCUAAUACAUAUUACAGAUUGACUUCUAUAUCCCCAAGCCUCAUAGCUGACCCUGUUCUAUCCUCUGCACAAAACUCUCCCAUGCUUCCUGUUGGCCCCUGUGUUUUCUCUGGGUAUCCAUGGCUUAGCUGGUUAAUUCAGACUAGUACUCAUUUCCUGAGCCUCUCAGCCCAGCCUCUCUCCUAACCAGAAACAUUUGGUUAUAUGUGUGAGUACUCAGGGUUUGCCCCACCACACCUCCCCACCCUGAGGAUGCCCUUCUCCUACUCCUUGAUCCCAAAUGCCAUUUCCUCAGACAUGGGCUUUGGGUUCAUCAAUUUAUGGCCACAUCCUCCUCCUAUGUUGCUGCAUAGUUAAUACCACACUCACAGAAUCUCUAACUCACAGGUGAAAUUGGCAGAGUAUCUGUCCCUAAACUGAUGCACACAGGCUACUCAAUUUCUUUUCCCCUAAAGGGGGCAACCUCAGGGCAUUUUGCACCCAAGGGAUAUUUGUCAGUGCCUGGAGAUAUUUUGGGAGGGAGGUGCUGGUAUUUAGUGGGUAGAGGGUAGAGAUGCUAACACUCUAAGCAUGCACAGGACAGUUUCUCUCUCAUCAUCAAGUAUCUCUCCAUUUUGAGAUACACUUAAGAUAACAAAGAAUUAUCUGGCUCCAAGUGUCAAUAGCACAGAAAUUGAGAAACCCUUGGCUAGAAGACAUUGAGAUUCCUUCCUAGCUUUUAAAACAUUGUGUGCCUCUAUUUCUUCUUUUAACAACCCCACCCACUCCCACCUGAAGGCAGCUAGCACACCUCAGACCCUGAGAAUGCAGAUGCUCUAGGAGAGACCUAUAUCCAGCUGAACAAGAGGCCUUGAGAGAGAAACAGAAGGAAACUUGUAGAAAAAUCCAGGAGCCCACACCGUAUGCAGGGACAUCACUGAGAUGAUGACACACAAGCACAUUAAAUGGAGGUUUGAAGGGGAUGUCUGGGAAUGUGGCAUAUUUGGUGAGAAUGAUGAAUGAAUGGACCCCAGUGAAGAAAUAGGGGAAAGUAAGAUGAUUGGAAGAAAAAUUUAAAAAUUAGUGCUUAAUAAAAAAAAGUGAUUCUUACAGUUGUUGCUUUAAGGACUUUUGGGAUUCUGUCUGUCACAAGGAAAUAAGGGGGAGUCUAUGGGGAAGAGCAUACCAUGAAGUACAUACCAUGAAGUUAUGUUUUCUGUAAGUAAGGUUGGAAUUAUUAAAAAGCUAAUCAGAGCAAGGACAUGAUCAUAUAAGGGCUUCACUGAAGCACUUAAGAAUGCUACAAAAUAUUGUAGGAUUGGUGGAGAAAUACUCUACAAGGAAGACCUACUAGGCAGCUAUCCACGAAGGUCAAGGAAUGCCAGAACUGGGCAGUGACUGGCAAGGUGAACAGACCAGUGUGAUCACAAACAUUUCUGUCCCCCUUUUCUUUCUGGGUUAGGUUCUCCCCAAAUAAAGGAUCUUCUGUCUAAAUUUGGUCAGAAUCCAUUAAUAAAAACCUCCUUCAUGAA